AUGACGCGCCUCGCGCGCCUCAUCGCGGCGUUCCUCCUCGCGGCCUUCUCCCUCGCGUCCGCGUCAGCGUCCGCGUCCGCGUCCGCGUCGUCGACGUUCCCGACGCCCGCGGACGACGCGUUCGUCGAGUGGUUCGUGGAUUCGGGCGGCGUCUUCUCGGGAAACGGCGUCUACUCCGUGAUCGAGGACGACGCCGCGUCCUCCUCCUCCUCCUCCUCCUCGCGCGCGCGCGGAAUGUUCGCCAAGGCGGACGUCGCCGACGGCGACGAGCUCCUGACGCUCCCGCUCGACGCCGCGCUCGUCGUCCCUUCGCCGUUCGCGGGCGAGAUCAUCAGGCGCGUUCUAUCUCACACUGGUCUCCAUGCGACCGCGUCGGCGUGGUGA